AGCAAUCUUGUUUUUGUGCAAAACACCAACUCUUGAUUUUCAAUUGGGUCUUCUUCAGUUAUUUUUCCAUAAUUUAAGACAAAUUGUUGGCAUGAGUUUCCCUUGUUUGUUCCUGAAAGUUGCUGCCUUGGAAACGUGUUGAACGUUCUACUUCAUUUCUUUUGAAUCUGACUUUGCUUUUCGUUCAUGAAAGCAACCCCUUAGAUCUGGUGUACUAUUCCUUCUGGGUUUCUUUGGGUUGGAUAUUUAAGGACUUCUACCCCCCUUAAUUUGGAAUAGAGCAGCAUUGGCUUGGCCCCAGAGCAAGAUAUAAAUUCCUUUCCUUUGUACUGCCUUUUCUGGGUUCCUAUUUUCCUAGGGCACUAAGAGAGAUUCAUAAGAAAAUGGUGAAGAUCUGCUGCAUUGGAGCUGGGUACGUUGGGGGUCCAACAAUGGCCGUGAUUGCACUUAAGUGCCCCUCCAUUGAAGUGGCUGUCGUUGAUAUCUCCGUGGCACGAAUCAAUGCCUGGAACAGUGAUCAACUACCCAUCUAUGAGCCAGGUCUUGAUGAGGUGGUGAAGCAGUGCAGGGGAAAGAACCUCUUCUUCAGUACAGACAUUGAGAAACAUGUUUCUGAGGCAGACAUAAUCUUUGUUUCUGUCAAUACCCCGACAAAAACCCAAGGCCUUGGGGCUGGGAAAGCUGCAGACCUCACAUAUUGGGAAAGUGCUGCCAGGAUGAUUGCUGAUGUCUCAAAAUCAAACAAGAUUGUUGUUGAGAAGUCGACUGUCCCGGUGAGAACAGCGGAGGCAAUUGAGAAAAUCCUGACCCACAACAGCAAGGGCAUAAAGUAUCAGAUUCUUUCUAACCCAGAAUUUCUUGCUGAGGGAACUGCAAUCCAGGACCUUUUCAAUCCAGACAGGGUUCUGAUUGGAGGCAGGGAAACCCCUGAAGGCCAGAAGGCUAUUCAAGCACUGAAAGAUGUUUAUGCUCAUUGGGUACCUGAGGACAGAAUCAUUUGCACCAAUCUCUGGUCUGCUGAGCUCUCAAAGCUUGCAGCCAAUGCCUUCUUGGCACAGAGGAUUUCUUCAGUUAAUGCAAUGUCAGCUCUCUGUGAGGCGACUGGGGCAGAUGUGUCUCAAGUCUCCCACGCCGUUGGCAAAGACUCAAGAAUUGGUCCCAAGUUCCUGAAUGCCAGUGUUGGUUUUGGUGGAUCUUGCUUUCAAAAGGACAUACUUAAUUUGGUUUAUAUCUGUGAAUGCAAUGGCCUAACUGAAGUUGCAAGUUACUGGAAACAAGUCAUCAAGGUCAAUGACUACCAGAAGAACAGAUUCGUAAACAGGAUUGUCUCUUCUAUGUUCAACACAGUUUCUGGAAAGAAGAUUGCUGUCCUGGGAUUUGCCUUCAAGAAGGAUACAGGUGACACCAGGGAGACACCAGCCAUUGAUGUAUGCAAGGGGCUACUAGGUGACAAGGCUCGUUUAAGCAUAUAUGAUCCUCAGGUGACUGAUGAUCAGAUCCAGAGAGACCUCUCAAUGAACAAGUUUGAUUGGGAUCACCCAGUACAUCUUCAGCCAAUGAGCCCUACUACAGUCAAGCAAGUGAGUGUGGUUUGGGAUGCUUAUGAAGCAACAAAGGAUGCUCAUGGUCUAUGCAUUCUCACAGAGUGGGAUGAAUUCAAGACACUAGACUACCAGAGGAUUUUUGACAACAUGCAGAAGCCUGCAUUUGUGUUUGAUGGUCGUAGCAUUGUCAAUCCUGAGAAGCUGAGGGAGAUUGGAUUCAUUGUGUAUUCGAUUGGAAAGCCAUUAGAUCCAUGGCUCAGAGACAUGCCCGCUGUGGCAUAGAGAUGGACCUCUUUGGCUCUUCUCUUGAAGAUCUAAACUCUUACAAGCUUUGGGCAGAAACUUCUUUAUAUUCUUUGACUUAUUUGAGAUAAGCUUCUAUAUAUAUUACUAUAGUUACUCUUCUUCAUGUCUUUUAACCUACGUUGUACUAGCUUUCUGCCUUAACUCUAUUCCUGCAUGAAUAAAUUAGCAUUUUUGCU